UGCCGCUGCCCCCCGGGGGUGCGCGGCUGGCGGGGAGGUGGGCGAGCGGGCGUGGGGAAUGGAGACGCCCGACAGCAUCCGCGGGGCCGUGUGACAGCGAGCGGCGCUCAGACGCGCGCACGGAGCCCGAGCCCCGCAGCCGGCGCAGCGCCGGGCAGAGCCGCCCUGCCCCGUCCCGUCCCGCGGGGAGCCGGCAUGGAGUGACAGCAGCGGCCAGGAGAAGCCCCAAAGAGAAACAGAGAUGGCCAAAUUGACAGAGUCGAUGACCAACGUCCUGGAAGAAGACUCAAUGGAGCAGGACAUCGAGAGCCCUGUCACUAUCCAUCAACCAAAGUUGCCCAAACAAGCUAGAGAGGAUCUGCCAAAAAACAUAAGCAAAGAAUGUGCCAAGAGAAAAAUCCAGAGGUACGUUCGGAAAGAUGGGAAAUGCAACGUCCACCACGGGAAUGUCAGAGAGACUUACCGGUACUUGACUGACAUCUUCACCACCCUGGUGGAUCUCAAGUGGAGGUUCAACCUGCUGAUCUUUGUCAUGGUUUACACGGUGACCUGGCUCUUCUUCGGCAUGAUCUGGUGGCUCAUUGCCUACAUGCGAGGGGACAUGGAUCACAUAGGGGACAGCACGUGGACCCCCUGCGUCAGCAACCUCAAUGGGUUUGUCUCAGCCUUUUUAUUCUCAAUCGAGACCGAAACCACCAUUGGGUACGGUUACCGGGUCAUCACGGACAAGUGUCCCGAGGGAAUUAUCCUGCUUUUAGUGCAGUCUGUCCUAGGUUCUAUCGUCAACGCCUUCAUGGUUGGCUGCAUGUUUGUGAAAAUAUCCCAACCCAAGAAGAGGGCAGAAACCUUGGUUUUUUCUACAAACGCAGUCAUUUCCAUGCGGGAUGGAAAGCUGUGUCUGAUGUUCCGAGUAGGAGACCUUAGGAAUUCACACAUUGUAGAGGCAUCAAUACGAGCCAAGUUGAUCAAAUCCAAACAGACAAAGGAGGGGGAAUUUAUACCACUCAACCAGACAGAUAUCAACGUAGGUUAUUACACAGGGGAUGAUCGUCUCUUUUUGGUUUCACCACUGAUCAUCAGCCAUGAGAUUAACCAGCAGAGUCCUUUCUGGGAGAUUUCCAAAGCCCAGUUGCCCAAAGAGGAGCUAGAAAUUGUUGUAAUCCUAGAAGGAAUGGUGGAGGCAACAGGGAUGACCUGCCAGGCUCGCAGCUCCUACAUCACGAGCGAGAUCCUCUGGGGCUAUCGCUUCACGCCCGUCCUCACGCUGGAGGAUGGCUUUUAUGAGGUUGACUACAACAGUUUUCAUGAAACCUAUGAGACCAACACCCCCGUUUACAGUGCCAAAGAGCUGGCAGAGAUGGCCAGCCGAGCAGAACUGCCCCUGACCUGGUCUGUUUCCAGCAAGCUGGACCAACACGCCGAGCUGGAAACGGAGGAGGAGGAAAAGAACCAAGAAGACCAAAACGAAAGAAACGGUGACGUGGCCAACUUGGAGAAUGAGUCCAAAGUGUAGAACCAGCGGAGAAACCAGGGCCACACCACCUCCUUUGUCUUCUCCCUCUCUGCUCCCUGUUUCUUCCUGCGACACGCCUUUAAUUUUUUUCUCUUCCUGUUAUUGGUAACUCCCAGAAAAUGAACUCUUUAGAUGCGAAAUCCCCGCCCAACUUCAACCCCAGAGAUCACCAGUGUCAGCAAAGGCGUGGGUUAAAGCUGCAACACCCAUCAAGGAUGGUGGAAUCUCCCCCUGGCAGGGACUGAUGGCACCUCUCCAGUGCAGCCCUCCAGGUUUAUUCACAUCAACAACACAAAAACCAAUCCCUGAAUGCAAAGGAAAUGCAUGCAGGGGAUUUCAGAGGAAAGACUCAUUAAUGUUCAUCAAAGCAAUGGGCCUUGACUGUGGUUUUUCUGUAUUUCAGGACAGUUUCACAGACUGGGUGACAGUGGAAUGGGCCUUGCAGCUUUAAGAGGAAGGUGAGCAGAGGGACCUGCAACCCCACAGAUCCUGUACAUAUGCCUUAUGUAACUAUUUCUCUCUACAUUUAGUAAUAAACACCGCAUGUACAAAA